AUGCUUCUGGCUGAGACCUGGCUGCGCUCGACCACCCCGAACCGCCUCCUGGUCAUUCCAGGAUACACGCUCUGUCGUGUGGACCGCCCAGAUGGUAGCGGUUACGGCGGUGUCGCAAUUAUCACCAAGGCUAAAAUCACGUCAACCGCACUCAAGAUCCCGGGCAGUGGGAGCUCUGCCAGCAGCCUGGAGUCACUUUACGGCACACACGGCUGCACGGCCGGGCGGGCCGAGCAGGCGUUCGAGUACCUCUCCAGCAGCGGCGACGGCCUAUCGAAGGCCGCCGAUUACCGGUACUACGGCGGCGACUGGGAGAGCUGCCGUUCCCACACGGGCGUCGCACACAUCUCCGACUGGAGGUUCACGUCGCGCGCCAGCGAGCCCGAGCUCGAGUACGUGGUGGCCACGGUGGGGCCGACGGCGGCGCGCAUCGACGCCGACCACACGGCGUUCCAGCUGUACGCGGGCGGCGUGCUGCACGUGAACCACUGCAGCACCGACCGGCCCACGCUGGCCGUCGAGGUGGUCGGCUUCGGCUCAGAGGACUACUUCGGCCAGCUGGUCACCUACUGGCUGAUCAAAAACUCGUGGGGACCCGGCUGGGGCGAGUACGGCUACUUAAAACUCCACAAGGACGCCAACAACAUGUGCGGAAUAGCGACCGACGCCUCCUACCCGCUGGUUGG